AUGGAGUUUGCUGCCAUGACUCGGACGGAGCAGAAGGCGAUGCUGAAGGCAUGGAACGCAAAAGCGGCACGAAUGAAGGAGCCAAAAACAUCAUCCAACUCACCCAUCAACACUACAGGGAUGCAAGAAGUACUAAAACAAGCCACAGUACCCAGUGAUUCGCUCACGUCUGUGGCUGCGAUUCAAGCUUCGUACCGUGGUCGCCAGCGUGUGCAUGAGAUCGCGUCCGAGGCGCUCGUCAAACGAACCAACCAAUACAGAAAGUGGCUGCUACUCAAGGAGGAGAAUCGACUAAAGCGCACCCCGAUCAAGACCAUCAGCAGCACCGAGUCGGCUCACGACGAUAAACUGGACACGACGCCAAAAGAAAGCGUUGUCGAGGAUACCCCCGGCGACACAUCUUUGGAGGGCACCAUAUCACAGCAGUUCGGCUAUGCUCAGUUCGCGCGAGAGGCCGGCUUCAAAGACCAUCUCAUCGCGACCGUUCGGUCCGAUUUGGUCACGGGCAAAGUCGUCCAGUUGAGUAUCGACAUGGACAAGACUGGAGACUCGCUUUCAGAUGCGCGACUUGUGCUCCAGCAAGUGUGCGUUGCGAGCCUGCUUUACUGUGACCGCAACCAAGAUAUGGUCCCCCGCGUCAUCGGCAGCGUUGUGUCGAUUUCGCUGACGCCCAAGCUAUCACGCGAUUAG